GCUCCCCUUAAAGGGCCUUGACACCCAUUGUGUGCACUGGCAGUUGUGCGUUGACUGAGCUCUGAGUCAGACUAGCCUUUAGCUUUAACGGUCUGUGGGAGAGGACAAACACUUCCUCAUUAUCAGUUCUGACACAGCGUGAGGGGAGCGGUUACUUCGGCACACCAUCACUCCCAUCCCCCCACAGCAGAGGCCCUGACCACCACCUCCUCCCACCAUCAACCCCACAAGCAACCGGCAGCACAGCACAGCACAGCUCAGCACAGCACAGCACAGCACUGCAUCUUCCAGAACCUUCCUGAUAAAAAGAAAUUCCCCAAAAAAGCCAAGGCUUUUCCAGAGACAUUAUUCCCACAGCAUUCCCAGCAGCGACAGCAGGUGGAAGGCAACGAGAGGAGAGGAGGAGGAGGAGCAGGAGGAGGAGGAGGAGCGUGCAUCUGGGAUUAGCCGCGUCACGGCUCAGCGUCCGCCAAACGAGCGAGAGAGCCAGCCAGAGAGAGAGAGAGAGAGAGAGAGAGAGAGAGAAAGGGGGCCGGCCAAAGAGCUCGGCAGCGCUGGAGACCGUGAGCGUGUGCAGCGCAAACGCUACAGAACAGCGCAUCGCCCCUCGCUGACACACGGAGCAACACACGCAGCGAGAAAGAAAGACAGACAGAGAGAGAGAGAGAACGAGGAAGAAGAAGAGGAGGAUCUAAAGAGGCUACAAGAGGACGAGUGGAAGCCAUCGUGUGAACAGACCCCCCCGCCGAGCGACAAACACGGCGGAUGCGCUGACGAGUUUGUGAGAAGAAAGAAGAGCGCGAAGGAAGGAGAGGAGAGAGAAGGAGAGAGAGAAAGAGAGGCAAAAGCAAACCAACCCCCCUUCCCUCCCCCCCUUUCCGACGGAAGCACCAUGUGUCAGGGCAGCCUGCAGCGGCAGUCGUCGGCGCGGAGCUUGGGGAAAUGGUGAGAUGCUGCCGGCCUUUGCAAAGCCGGCCGUCCUGCUACAACCUCCACAGAGUCAGGGUUGAUGUGCGGCGCCUCCGGCCGCUGGCCUCCACCGCCUCCUCCGCGAGAGGGGGUGCGGCGGGGGAGUCGGGGGCCGGCGGGGCCCAGGGGGGAGGCCCCGGUGGCAACCCCCGCAGCCGCUUCAGGUUGCAGUUCCCCCAGUUGGCCUUACGGCGGCGCCUGGGCCAGCUGAGCUGCAUGUCCCGGCCCACCGCCCGCCUGCGCUCAUGGCCGCUCUCCUUCCUCUACUACAUCCUGCCCUUCGCCGCGCUCAAGCCCCUGGCCAAGGUGGGCUGGCGCCCUACCAGCAGGGUCGCCCUUUACAAGACCAUCCCCACGCGGCUCUUGUCCAGGGCCUGGGGUCGGCUGAACCAGGUAGACCUGCCCACCUGGCUCCGGAAGCCCAUCUACAACCUCUACAUCUGGACGUUUGGGGUCAACAUGAAGGAAGCGGCCGUGGAGGACCUGCACCAGUACCGCAACCUGGGCGAGUUCUUCCGACGCAAGCUCAAGCCACAGGCGCGGCCGGUGUGCGACUCCCACUGUGUGAUCAGCCCAGCCGAUGGGAAGAUCCUGCACUUUGGGCGUGUGAAGAACUGUGAGGUGGAGCAGGUGAAAGGGGUCACAUACUCUCUAGAGACAUUCCUUGGGCCCCAGACGUUCGCUGAGAGCAUAGCUCUGAACAGAAAUGAAGACGAUCCAUCGUCUUUUCAGGACCUCCUGGUGACAAAGGAGGGCAAUGCACUCUUCCACUGUGUGGUGUACCUGGCUCCCGGGGACUACCACUGCUUCCACUCACCAACAGACUGGAGGGUGGCCCACAGAAGACACUUCCCUGGGUCCCUGAUGUCUGUAAACCCCGGCGUGGCCCGCUGGAUCAAGGAACUCUUCUGCCACAACGAGCGGGUGGUGCUCAGCGGGGAGUGGGCUCACGGCUUCUUCUCCCUCACCGCCGUGGGCGCCACCAACGUCGGGUCCAUCCGGAUCUACUUCGACAAGGAGCUGCGCACUAACCUCCCCCGCUACAGCAAAGGCUCCUUCAACGAUUUCAGCUACGUGUCCAACAACAACCAGGAGGGCAUCAGCAUGCGCAAGGGCGAGCACCUGGGCGAGUUCAACCUGGGCUCCACUAUCGUCCUCCUGUUCGAGGCGCCAAAAGACUUCACCUUUAACCUGAAGGCAGGCCAGAAGAUCCGCUACGGAGAGCCCCUGGGGACAAUGUGAGGCCUGCUGUACGUUCCGGGGCACCGCGUCGAGUCCGCAGGGGACUGCCUGAGGAAUAUGGAUCGGGACACUGGAAAUGUGUGUGUGUGUGUGAGCAGAUGAGAGAAGAGGGCAAAGUGAUGUGUCAAACAAAAAACAAAGUCUAACAGGACACUGAGAUUAACACAAAUUUGCACAGAGAGGUGUUUUGAAUUACACUUUAACUACACAUGCCGUUCACAGAUGCUGACACACACACACACACACACACACACACACACACACUUACACACUCACACAUUCACACAGAUACAUACACACACACACACACACACACACUCAAGCCACCAUGGUUGCAUUAUAACCACUGGAACUCCCCAUCCAUUUCUGGAGGUUUUCUGUAAUCUGCUGAAAGCUUUUUUUGUUGUUGUUGUUUGUGAAUUACAUGUUUAAAGGAAGAGGAAAGACCAUCAAGGUGUUUUGGCUGUCUGGUUAACAUACAAAUGCCAUCCAGCUGUUUGGUUAACCUAUUUUUCUAUUUUCUUUUUUCCACCCAUAUUGCCUUUUUGUCUGGGGAGGAAGGGUUAUCUAUCUUAUGUGUUGAAGGAUGAUUGUCUGAGUUUAUCAGACGAAAUGAUGAAAGCAAAAAAAAAAAAAAAAGAAUAGACCUCUUCACAGUUACUUGCAUGUGAGUAGGGCUCUAGCACUAACACUCUAACACACAUACAAGUUACGUGGUAGAAAACCGAUUGGUGGAAUGUACCAUGCCGAGACAACCAGCCUUGUUUCAUUCUGUUCUUACCAUCUGUUUUUCCGUUCCCCUUCCUCCCUCGCUCCCGUGUUCUGCCCAUCACCCUUUCACCCUCCCUCCGUCCACAACACGGAGAGACCAGCUAGCGGACCCAUAGGAAAUCAGCCUCCUUUUUUUCCCCCUCCUCUUCAUGUUGUUGGCCUCCAUUUUUUUUAUUAUUUACUUUCCCAGACCGCAGUUCUCUGCGUCAACUGAGAAGACCAUUAAAACCAACCUCCGUGUUUUAGCAACCACCACUGCCAAAUGUAUUCGAUCUCUAGCAAUAGACGUGCAGGACUCUUUUGUUUUGUUUCUGUUAUCCAAAACACAUAUGUGAAAUAGGCCUGUAAAACAUGAAACAUUUAUACAUGAACAGUUUACACGUGUAGGCCUAUAUGGGUGAAGGUGUAGCUCUGUGGAUGGUACUAAGCAGAACUAGUUGCAAACGAUGGCUCUGAAAUGGAUGGGAAAAGAUUGGAUGUAUCGGCAAUUUUUGCAACAAUCUAGACAUAUGACAAAGUUGACGCGACAAAAAUACCAAAAGUAUGGUUUGGUGCGAAGGAAAAGAAAUUGAUGUAAAACGUGGUUUACAUUAUUUAUCACUAUGAAUGAUUGAGAGAUUUAAAAGAAUCUAUUUUUCCAGAACCAUAUGACGUUUUUGGGAAUGGCUUAUCUGCAUAAUGAUUGUUCACCUAGAUUGAGGGCUUCAAUGUUCAAAAGGCUUAUCUUUUACCUGUCAUAUUUCACUGGUUCUCUUUUUUUGUGUGUGGUGCCAAAAAAUGCCAGGGAUUUUUUUUUUUGUUCUUCUUUUCUUACUGUUUGUUGGUUUGUUUGUUUGUUUGUUACUUACUGUUCUUUUCUGUUUUGAACACAUUGGAGCUCACUUUUGUAGUAACGACUUCACCCACAGCGGUGGCAGUGCGAGGGGGGCAGGCCGAGCGGAAGGGAACAGACUCCCGUCUGUCUCGGACAUUAUCGUUAGUAGACCUCCUGACUGACCCAGGCCCUCGCUGAUCUCAGUGGGUCGGUAGCGGCCCAGGGGGGGACGGCGGGUGGUGAGGUGGGGGGGCGCGGUGGUAUUGAGGAAUGUGAUUGGGCGGAAUGCAGAGUUCCGAACGCUAUGUUCUAUAGAAGUGUCGCAAACCAAACGCCGGGCCCUAUAAGCUCUGGGUCCAGCCUGCGGCACGCAACUGUUUUUAUAUGUAAAUUGUAAGAUACUUGAAUCAUUUGACUCAUUUAACACUGCUUAGAUUUUAACGGCAAAGUAGUGCUAAAUGCAAGAAAUGUCAUUAAUAAUAAUUUUUUUGCGUAUUCUUAAUAAAAACGUUGUUCACAA